AUGAGCAGCUUGCGAACUCCUAUUCAGAACUACUCGAGUGAGAACCACCAGUCCAAUCUGCAACACCUCACUAAUCCCUCCACCAGCCAAUUCUCCUCCAAAGAACUCAAGACAGUCGGAAACUACACACUAGGAAGACUCAUCGGAAAAGGCUCUUUUGGAAAGGUCUAUCUGGGCCGUCACAACCUCACCAAUGGCUCGAAGGUGGUACUCAAAGCCUCGAGUAAGGAAGACCCAAACCUGGCAAGAGAAAUUCACCACCAUCGACAAUUCAUUCACCCACAUAUUGCCCGACUAUACGAAGUUAUAAUAACGGAAUCCCUCGUGUGGUUGGUCUUGGAGUAUUGCCCUGGUGACGAAUUAUACAACUACUUAUGUAAGAAUGGGGCACUCCCUGUCGAAACUGUACAAAAGAUUUUCACUCAGCUUGUCGGAGCUGUUGCAUAUAUCCACAGCAAGUCUUGUGUUCAUCGAGAUUUGAAAUUGGAGAACGUCCUUCUCGACAAGCACGAUAAUGUUAAACUAUGUGAUUUUGGUUUCACCAGAGAAUAUGAAGGCAGGGCAAAUUAUCUCCAAACCUUCUGCGGUACAGUCUGUUACAGCGCGCCGGAAAUGCUCAAAGGAGAGAAAUAUGCUGGUGAAAAAGUCGAUGUCUGGAGUCUUGGAAUUAUUCUUUACGCAUUAUUAAAAGGAGAGCUGCCUUUUGACGAAGAUGACGAUGCAGCAACGAAAGCAAAGAUUUUGAGAGACGACCCUGUCUACCCUGACACAUUUCCUGAAGCCGCAAAGACGCUGAUUUCGAAGUUACUCUCGAAGCGCCCUCUGUACAGACCAGCGCUGUCGGAUAUUUUGUCAGACCCCUUUCUGGCCGAGCAUGCCCCUCAGCAGCAGGCGAUUUUGAAACUGUCUCAACCAGCCGCAUUUACAACUCAAUUGGAAAAGGACACGCUCGAGCGCAUGAGGGCUGCCGGUGUGGACAUUGACAAAGUCAUUGAAAAUGUGCUUUCGCAAAGGUGUGAUACAUUAGCCGGUUGGUGGGCACUCCUCAUCGAAAAGGAAACAAGAAAACAAGCAAGACGAGAUCGAAAAAGGAAAGAAAGAGAAGCAGAGUUGAAAAUUCUCCGCCGGCUCAGUGGUGCAAGCAGUCGACUCGAACGGAUUGCACCCACUCUGGAAGAGGUUGAUGAAGAAGGAUCUCCCGGUGAUACGCAGAGACGCCGGAGCAGUAGUCGAGGAAGAACACAACGACGGAGUACGCCUCAAAUACUGGUCAGUGAUCUCCCUCAACUUCCCGAAGGCAAUGUCAUGCAAUCACCUGGAUCCGCAACGCCCCCGCCGCCGAUCGAUAAAGACUCCGUUCGGUCUCACAGCGGUUCUCGACCUCCCUUACCACCCAAGGAACGAAAUCGACGAAGCAGCACUCUACAGCUAGUCUCGACAAAUCCAGAAUUGCUCGGUCCGCUCAAUGGGGUAAACAAGAGACGCGGUGGAAAGCUUCGCAACAGGCAAUUUCUGAGUCAGCUCACAGCGCUGAAGCAUUGGAUUGUGGAAUCAACGAAGCGAGCCACCUCCCCUAUCAACCCCAAGAACGACAAACUCUCGAAUGGAAGUUCGAACAAUUUAAAAGCAGCUCAUUCGACUGAUGCCGUCCAAAUGAACAGGAGCAGUAGACCCGUCCUUGAUGCGGCUAGUUCGAACAGAUCCUCUUACGUUUCCGCCUUGACUCCUGUCGUGUCGAAUUCCAAUCCAGUCCCCCCGGUCAAAAAUACCGCGCCGCGUGUCGAUACCACGCGUGGAAGACCUCACCGCAACUCCCUUUCGCCGUCUCCAGUCACUCCUCGCUCCUCAUACCGUCGCAGUUCGACUGGCCUUCGUGGCCGCAAAUCAACGUCGUCAUCCGUCUCCUCGAUCCGAAGCAUGCCCCGACAUACAUCACACAGCAAAGCGUCUUCGCAAAGUUCCAACAGUUUCGAUACCAUCCAUAGCCCCGCAAGCAUCAGGACCCCCCGCUCUCCACAUUCCUCUAUCAAAGUCCUCCCCGUCACGCCCACCGCCAAUGCAUUUCCUUCCAAUGUCCGCACCGUCAGAACCCCUCGUGGCUCAGAUGCAGGACUUCAACCUAGACCUCUUUCCGGGAUCCAACUGCAUGGCGAAGGGCUAUUUCCACCAGGAACCCCCCAAUCCGGUGCUUCCGGGACAGGCGUCAUGUUUGCCCGCCGAAAGAAAUCCCCAUUCAAAGGACCCAUGCUGAAUCCGGCGUUUUUCUCCACCUCAACGCUCCCCGCUGCUUUUGGAAGUCCGGCCGUUCUUGCUGGUGGCAGGAAUCGAGAAGGUUCAGAUGGCAAACUUAAUCUGGGUCUGAAAGAUUUCAUUUCCAGACGAGACAGUGGGAAGCGGAAGAGCCAAAUUAUUGAGGAAGAGGAGGAAGAAGAAACCGGUACUAGGCAUGGGUAUGGAAUGACCGAGGAAGAAGAUGAUGAGGACAUCGAAGAAGUGGAUGCGUUCCGGGCUAUUGAGUUAAAUAAAGGCGAGAGGGUUGAGAGUAUUACGAUUUGGAACGACGCAGCGGAAGAAGAAGUGAAGGAAGAGGCAGAGGAGGGAAAUCACGACGAUAACAAAGCACUGCCUGUAACCGGGAAGGGCUGA